GUUUGCUUAGAAUACUAAUGCUAGUCAAAGCAAAGGCAAGCUCAUUUUCGCGACUGGACAUUUGAUUUCUCGUGCUAGACUUGUCGCAAAGCAGAUGGAAACCAUCUCUAGCUGCGCACUUCCCGUCAACCCCAUCAAGCAUCUCGCCAGCCUCGGCCAACCCGCACCUUCACCAUGGCCCCCAAGGCCGGCAAGGACGCCGACAAGGUGCAUCAGAUCAAUCGCACUCCCGAGUACGAAGAGUUUAUAAAAAAACUCGACGCCUUCCACGCGAAGCGCGGCACGGCCUUCGAACCCGAACCGCGGUUGCCCGUCAGUGGUGGGCACGUCAACGUCGACCUUCUGCAGCUGUACCAAGGCGUCAUCGAGCGCGGUGGGUAUGAUGAGCUCUGCAGCAAGCAGAAGGCCUGGGGCCUGCUCGCCACAGACCUGGGCAUGUUCGCCGACGACAACAAGAACAUGGGCCAGUUGUCCUUCCAGCUCAAGCAGGACUUCUACCGAUACCUAGGCGCCUACUGGAUACAGGAUCAGUACGGAAAGGAGCCCCCACCCAAGGACAUUCUCGAAGUCGUGUCCUGCGCUACCAAGUUUGGUCCCAUCCUCACGCGAACCGUCGAAAGCUUCAAUCUAGCCACCGGCAAGGGAUCCGGCAGCGAGACGCCCGUCAAGGAGGACCGACCGCCUGAGAGCACACCGGUCACGGGCAACAGAGCAUCCGGCCGUCUUCGCGAAGCGCCUCCCCAGCGCAUACCUUUCCAGCCCGAGACGGGCCCAAGUCGCGCAUCCCGCCACAGCUCCUCCCAGCAAUCCGCAGGCCAGUCGCACACGCCCAACAACUCGCAUACUCCUCACAACCAACAGCCUCAUGGCCAGCCACGUUUCGAAUCUCACAUCCCCGUCCCCCCUCCCCCUGCAUUGCGUGGAGCGUCGAGUUCAUAUGUUCCUCCUGCUUCCGAGAACGCGUCCAAGCUCACCGAGCUCUUCGAACCUCGUGGUCCCAUAAGUGUCACCUUGCGCCCGGUACACACGCCUGGAAACAAUCCAGUCGAAUAUGCCAAGCGACAACGCCAGCUUCGGAUGGCAGCAGCCGGCAUACCGGAGCCAACCCCAGGCCGCCCCCCCGUUCCCGGUGCUGGAUCUGAUGGUCCUAAUAUCUAUACGCGUUGUCUGCAGUCUCUCCGCUCUGGAAUUCCCGCCGAACAGGCCUUUGCUUUACAUCACCUCGUGAAGAUAUCAUUUGAGCGUGGUGACAAGUUCAAGUUCGAAUCGUUCCUGGGUCUGGCCGAAGGGCUGAUCGAGAAGGGAUUGGAAAUAUCGAGCUUGUUUCACGAUGUUGAGUGGCAGGUGGAUUACACCGGUUUCGACGACGUAUCUGAUGAGACCGUUUUGGAUGGUGUAAAUGGAACACGGGACAUUUUGGCGCGAAUCGCGAAACUCAAGCCAAGGCAGAGGUUCGACUACCUACAGCCCGAAGAGUUCUCAGACCGCAUGCUUCGAAUCACAGAAGCCAUUCUCACUAUCCGCAACAUGGUUAUGCUGCAGGAGAAUGCCGUCUACAUGGCCGAUGUCUUCCCCCUGAAGGACCUUAUUUGCAUCGUCCUUCAAUUACCGAACCUAGAAACGCUUGUCGAGGUGAAGCAUUUUGCGCUUGACAUUGCCGAGCAGCUUACGCCAUGGCUUGAACUUGGUUCAGAGGAUCCACUAUACCAGUCACUACUGGCCCAGCUCAGCUCUACAGACCGCGGCACUAUUCUUACGGCAUUGCGCGCCAUCAGUCGAAUCUCUAUGGUUCUGGAAGCGACAAAUAAGCUACAGAGGGUGCCCACCCCCGUCUUGCAGAAUAUCAUAAACUGGCUUCUGCUCAACGAUGAAGAGCUCAUGGACGCCUGUCUCGACUUUCUCUACCAGUACACAGCGGUUGUGCCAAAUGUCGAGUCUCUCCUCACGUCGGUUGACAUGGAGCAAACCAUUCCGCAUCUGGUUCGACUCCUCGCUCACGGUGCCAAGAGAGUAAAGGAAGAUUUCGUUCUCGAGCCUGAGCGAAAGAUAGGCGCCUCAGAACACGUAGCGCCUCUUCCCCAGGAUCUCCAAGAAAAGCUAUCGGGCACAGACGAGCCACAACGCUGUUUCCACUGGCUUACCAGUCUGUUCGAAGAAGACAGCGAAUCCCACAUUACUCAAAUCGCGAUAUGGCAGGCAUACCAGGCAUCGUUUGGUGGGCAACAACGUAAUACAUUGAGUGCUGCCGACUUUAUAAGGAAUGUCAGCCACGUUUUUACGAAUGCACGUGCUCAGAUCAUAAGAGGCCCUGGCGAAGCCCAACGUUUCAUCAUCGAGGGAAUUCGUGCACGCGUAUUACCAUUAGACUACGACACCAAAGAGGAGUAUGCCCGAUGCCAGUGGGGAGUUGGUGAGGCUCCAUUCACUAAGAAAUGCGGAGGCUUCUUUCCCGGUGGCGAAAAGUUAUGGCACCAUAUCUUGACGACCCAUCUUGAGCAGACUACGAGCGAAGAUGGCAAGUUUGCGGACAAGGAGUUGGACGCAUCAUGUAAAUGGGGCGACUGCAAAAAAUAUGGCCAGCCAACAAAGAUGCAGCUUUCACAGCUGACUCGCCACUUGAAAACGCACAUCAGCACCUCCACUAAGCGUGGUCUUACCGACGGUGCAGAGUUGCCAGCCAAGAGACAGAAGAAAACAUACAUUGUCCCCGCCAAGACCAUGACAAUCACAUGGGAGAAAACGUUUACGACUCCAGACGAGAGAAACCCUCGCAUCGACCGGGCUGCCGGCAUUCCACUGAGUGCCGUUCUUGUUCUCCGAAACAUUGCCCGCAACGUGGUCAAGACGGAAUCGCAAGAGAUCCUGCUGCAGAAAGAAGAGACCGGCGGCGAGGCAGGCGGGUGGAACGAGAAGCUAUUCCGACCCGUGAUGACGCGCUUAUUCGAAGUCAUGACAGAGAACACAGCUAUGUCCGAUUACAUAGCCUCGCUUCUGCAGCUAGUGCAAUUAGAUGUUUAGGCAACCUCUAGUAUGAGCGAGCAAAGCUUAUGAAGUCGCCGAGAUCAUGCCGACUGUUGGCGCGCUUCCUGCACAGGAAGAUGGAGCGUAGUCGCGAGAGGAUAUUGAUAUUGCAGCCUGACUUUUUCGGCGUUGAUUUCGCAGGAUGAUGUCAACAGGCCAUGCGGAGGAAGGAUCAUCCGCUAGGAUACCCACAGGCGUUCAGGGUGUAUAAUGUAACGUAUAGGAGCAUGAAUUAGGACUUUUCACGGACGUGCCAAAAGGAAGCGUUGCGAAGGACAGCCAGGAAGUGUAACAUUAUUUCAGUCAGACCGUAUUGCGUGAUAGAGUAUCUGAUAGAUAUGCUGAAUACAUUAAUAUUACUGA